AUGCUCUUAAAUUCAGAAUUCUUUAUUCUAGAAUCUAAUAUACAUUCCAAUGAUAAUGAUAUAAAUGAUAUUAUUUUAAUAUCUUUAAAAGAUUUAGACAACAUUUUUUUUGUUGAACAUUCAGAUUCAGAAAAUGAAAAAGAUAAUGAAAAAUUAGAUGAUGAAGAAUUAAGUGAUGAAGAAUUGGAAGAUGAAGAAUUAGACAAUGAAAAAUUAAAUGAUGAAUUACCCAAUAUUGGUGAUAAUCUUAAUUUAAAUAAAUUAAAUGAAUCAGAGUUCGUAGAUAUUCCUGACAAUUAUAUUGAAGACAAAUAUAUAAUAAAUUAA